CUAGAGCUGGGGGAGGAGCCGACGCAAGGAUUCACGGGGGCUCAAAAAACCACCUCACACCGGCCCGAUGAUCUGUGGAGUGCGGGAGGAGGGUGACCAGCCUUGUACAUCGUGCACUGUGCUGCAUUGAUACCGUUACAGCACCUGGCAAUCCUAAGAGAUCGUCUUCUCUGUCAAUUCCUGGGCGGCGUGACGUCACCCGCGGCAGACCAAUCACAGCGCUGACUGAAAGAGGCGGGAAAACAUCUCCUCUCACAGGCCUGCUGAACGGUGACACCGCACAGGACGGGCUCCUGGUUCAUAAUAGGACUAAUAAUAGUAAUUUAGCAGUCACAUUAGUCAGAUACUUUAUCGUAAUUCAGGUGAGGGAUACAACAUGAGGACCAUUUAAUAUAUUAUCUUCUAUUGCCACUAUGAAAUCAAUGGGGGACCAAGUGAUGGACGAAGAAAUAGAAUAUCACGAUGAUGAGGAAUCUUUUUUUCAAGAUAUAGAUAUGUUACAGAAGCAUGGUAUUAAUGUUGCAGAUAUAAAGAAGCUAAAAUCUGUAGGAAUAUGCACUGUAAAGGGGAUUCAGAUGACAACGAAAAAAGCUUUGUGUAAUAUUAAGGGACUGUCUGAAGCUAAAGUUGACAAAAUAAAGGAGGCAGCAAACAAAUUAAUAGAACCUGGUUUUCUUACUGCCUUUGAAUACAGUGUAAAGAGGAAGAUGGUGUUUCAUAUAUCUACUGGAAGCCAGGAACUUGACAAGCUAUUAGGAGGGGGCGUUGAAAGCAUGGCAAUAACAGAGACAUUUGGAGAAUUCAGAACAGGGAAAACUCAGAUGUCCCAUACACUUUGUGUGACUGCCCAGCUUACUGGACAUAAUGGAUACUCGGGAGGAAAGGUCAUUUUCGUGGACACUGAAAACACAUUUCGUCCUGAUCGUCUUCGAGAUAUAGCUGAUCGAUUUGGCGUGGACCAUGACACAAUGCUUGAUAAUGUGUUAUAUGCCCGUGCCUAUACAAGUGAACAUCAAAUGGAGCUUUUGGAUUACGUAGCAGCUAAAUUUCAUGAAGAAGCUGGUGUUUUUAAGCUUUUGAUUAUAGAUUCUAUUAUGGCUCUCUUCCGAGUGGACUUCAGUGGACGUGGAGAGUUGGCUGAAAGACAGCAAAAACUAGCUCAGAUGUUGUCUAGACUUCAGAAAAUUUCUGAAGAGUACAAUGUUGCUGUAUUUAUCACAAAUCAAAUGACUGCUGAUCCAGGAGCAACAAUGACCUUUCAGGCAGAUCCCAAAAAGCCUAUUGGAGGCCACAUACUAGCACAUGCUUCAACAACAAGAAUCAGCUUAAGAAAAGGAAGAGGCGAGCUGCGUAUUGCAAAAAUUUAUGACAGCCCUGAGAUGCCGGAAAAUGAAGCCACAUUUUCAAUAACUGCAGGCGGUAUUAAUGAUGCAAAGGAGUGAUACCUGACCUAUAUAAAUCUUAUUAAACAACAAAAAAAAGUUUUGCAAAGUUCUGUAGCAGUUUAUUUGUUUUAUUUAUUACUACUGCAGACAUGUUUUAACAUAUUGUUAGGAAUUGGUUCAUUGGUUUGAUUAAAUAAAAAAUGUUUAUACUUCUAAAGUAAUAUUUA